CAACUUCGCCGUCGUGAAGCUAGCCACGCACCUGGUGACCCGGGCCAAGGUUGCCAUAAAGAUAAUUGAUAAGACACAGCUGGAUGAAGAGAACCUGAAGAAGAUAUUUAGAGAAGUUCAGAUCAUGAAGAUGCUUUGCCACCCACAUAUCAUCAGGUUAUACCAGGUUAUGGAGACGGAGAGGAUGAUUUAUCUAGUGACAGAAUACGCUAGUGGAGGGGAAAUAUUUGAUCACUUGGUGGCGCACGGACGUAUGGCCGAGAAGGAAGCCCGGAGAAAGUUCAAGCAGAUAGUGGCUGCUGUCAACUUUUGUCACUGUCGUAAUAUAGUCCACAGAGAUCUGAAGGCAGAAAACCUACUUCUGGAUGCUAACCUUAACAUCAAAAUAGCAGAUUUUGGAUUCAGUAACAUCUUCACACCUGGUCAGCUGCUUAAAACCUGGUGUGGGAGUCCUCCCUAUGCUGCUCCAGAGCUCUUUGAAGGAAAGGAAUACGAUGGGCCAAAAGUUGACAUUUGGAGUCUUGGCGUGGUGCUGUACGUGCUGGUCUGUGGCGCUCUGCCCUUCGAUGGGAGCACGCUGCAGAACCUGCGGGCGAGGGUGCUCAGUGGGAAAUUUCGCAUUCCAUUUUUCAUGUCCACAGAAUGUGAACAUCUGAUCCGCCACAUGCUCGUCUUGGACCCAAGCAAGCGGCUCUCCAUGGAGCAGAUCUGCAAGCACAAGUGGAUGAAGCUUGGGGAGGCCGAUGCAGAGUUUGACAGGCUGAUAGCAGAGUGUCAGCACCUGAAGACCGAGAGGCAGAUGGAGCCGCUGAACGAGGACGUCUUGCUGGCAAUGGCAGACAUGGGGCUGGACAAGGAGCGCACAAUUCAGUCAUUGAGAGCCGAUGCUUAUGAUCACUACAGUGCGAUCUACAGCCUGCUCUGCGACCGUCUGAAGAGACACAAGAAUCUGCGCAUUGCGGCAUCCCCAAGUAUACCACGGACCAUGACCUUCCCCGCCUCUGCUAACAUCCAGACAGAACAGACAGGCAAUACCAUGAGCAUCAACGUGCCACAAGUCCAGCUCAUCAACCCUGAGAACCAAAUUGUGGAGACUGACGGCACAAUGAACUUGGACAGUGAUGAAGGGGAAGAGCCAUCACCUGAAGCUCUGGUCCGUUACCUCUCGAUGAGAAGGCACACAGUUGGAGUAGCUGACCCACGGACGGAAGUCAUGGAAGAUCUGCAGAAGCUCCUGCCUGGCUUCCCCCGUGUCACUCCUCAGGCUCCGUUCCUGCAGGUGACCCCGAAUGUGAACUUCAUGCACAAUGUGCUGCCUCGGCAGAACCUGCAGCCCACGGGUCAGCUGGAGUACAAGGAGCAGUCCCUGCUGCAGCCCCCCACCCUGCAGCUGCUGAAUGGCAUGGGCCCUCUGGGGCGGAGGGCAUCAGAUGGUGGAGCUAACAUCCAGUUACAUGCACAGCAACUGCUGAAACGUCCUCGAGGUCCAUCCCCGCUCGUCACUAUGACGCCAGCUGUCCCAGCUGUCACCCCUGUGGAUGAGGAGAGCUCCGAUGGGGAACCGGAUCAGGAAGCCGUGCAGAGAUACUUGGCAAAUAGGUCAAAAAGGCACACUCUGGCAAUGACCAACCCUACAGCUGAAAUCCCUCCAGACUUGCAGAGGCAGCUAGGACAGCAGUCCUUCCGACCCCGGGCUUGGGCUCCACACCUGGUACCCGAUCAGCACCGUUCUAUUUACAAGGACUCAAAUACCCUGCACCUCCCCACUGAACGCUUCUCCCCAGUUCGGCGCUUCUCUGAUGGUGCUGCCAGCAUCCAGGCUUUCAAAGCCCACCUGGAGAAGAUGGGCAAUAACAGUAGCAUCAAACAGCUUCAGCAGGAGUGCGAGCAGCUUCAGAAGAUGUAUGGUGGGCACAUGGACGAGAGAACGCUGGAGAAGACACAGCAGCAGCACAUGUUGUACCAGCAGGAACAGCACCAUCAGAUUCUUCAUCAGCAGAUUCAGGACUGUAUCCGGCCACCCCAGCCAUCUCCACCCUUGCAAGCUCCAUGUGAAAACCAGCCAGCUCUGCUCACUCACCAGCUUCAGAGGUUACGGAUUCAGCCGUCCAGCCCACCCCCGAACCACCCUAAUAACCAUCUCUUCAGGCAACCGAACAGCAGCCCACCUCCCGUGAGCAGCAGCGUGCUCCAGCCCCACGGUGCCGCCUCCCAGUCCCAGUUCCAAGGGAUGCCAUCCCACAACACAAUCUUCCCACAGUCCGGUAACUGUUCCCCUCCCCCAAACAUGGGGCUGACGUGCCUGGGCCUGCAGCAGCAGUCGCAGCCUCAGCAGGUCACGAUCCAAGUGCAGGAGCCCAGCGACAUGGUCAGCAGCAACCUCCUGCAAGGGGCCUCUGUGGCCGGGCAGGGCAUGUCCUCCCACCCGCGGGGCAUGCCCAUCAGCCCCAGCGCCAACCAGAUCCAGCUGCAGCACCGCGCGAACCUGAUGGCCUCCCUCACCUACGGCCACAGGCAGCUGUCCAAGCAGCUCAGCGCCGACAGCGCCGAGUCGCACAGCCUGAACGUGAACAGGUAUCCCCCCGCCAACUACGACCAGGUGCACUUACACCCCCACCUGUUCCCAGAGCAGCCUCGCGUUUCCCCCAGCAACUACAGCCCCUCGGGAGGAGUUGCGUUUCCUCCAGCUCAGCAAGCUCUGAAAGUCCCGCAGCUUGACCAGUAUCCCAGUUUCCCUCAAAACGCACAUCAGCAACAGCAGCACUACACUGCAUCGGCACUACAGCAAGCACUGUUGUCCCCAACGCCUCCCGACUACAGCCGACACCAGCAGGUACCGCACAUCCUCCAGGGACUGCUUUCUCCCCGGCACUCGCUCACAGGGCACACGGACAUGCGGCUGCCCCAGGCAGAAUUUGCACAGCUCAUCAAACGGCGGCAGCAACAGCAGCAGCAGCAAGAAUUUCAAGAGUUGUUCAGGCAUAUGAGUCAAGGGGAUGCUGGGAAUAUGGGCACCAGCGUGGGACAGAACCUCUCGGAGCGCCAGUCGUUGUCUUUGCCUUAUCAGAGUGCUGACACGUACCACCCACAGAACAGCCCCCAGCACCUCUUAAAAAUCAGGGCGCAAGAAUGUAUCCAGCAGGUAGCUGCGUCAGUGCCGCCGCACGGAUACGUACACCAGCCAGCCCUGUUCCAUUCGGAGAGCAUGGAGGAGGACUGUGCGUGCGAGGGUGUCAGGGACAGCUUUCCAGACAGUAAGAGUUCAAACACAUUGACCAAAGGUUGCCACGAGACCCCUCUGCUUGUAAAUGCAGGAGGGCACGGGGACCCAGAAUCUUUGCUAGGAACUGCUAAUCACGCGCAGGAGUUGGGGACGCAUCAAUACAGACAUCAGCCCACUGCUGGAUUCAGUAGGAAUAAGGUGCCCAGCAGAGAGUCCGUCGUAGGCAACUGUAUGGACAGGAGCUCCCCCGGCCAAGCCAUGCAGGUGCCUGACCACAACGGACUGGGCUACCCUGUGCGACCCGCCUCCAGCGAGCACCCACGGCCCAGGACCCUGCAGAGACAUCACACCAUUCAGAACAGUGAUGAUGCCUACGUGCAGUUAGAUAACUUGCCUGGAAUGAGUUUAAUGGCAGGAAAAGCACUAAGCUCCGCUCGGAUGUCUGAUGCUGUCCUCAGCCAGUCGUCGCUGAUGGCCAGUCAGCAGCUGCGCGACAGGGAGAGCGAGGAAUGCGGGGAGAGUUUGGAAGGUCAAGAGCAUCCCAACCUAGGUGAUGGCAACCAGCACCUAAACACCUCCUGUUACCCGUCGACAUGUAUUACAGACGUCCUACUGAGCUACAAGCACCCGGAGGUGCCCUUUGGGAUGGAGCAGGCAGGGGUGUAACCAGGAGGGAGUUUUAUGUACAGCUUUGAAACGAAAAGGUCCAUUUUAAACCAACAGUAUCUAGCAGCAUUGCGCCAAAUUGCCGUAGUAUUUCUGACUAACUGGAAUACCAUGGCCCCUUUCCUCAUAAUCAGUUCAUCCAGUGUGUUGUUCCUUUGGUUUCUUUAAUUUUUGCCAUAUUUGCCUGUAACUCCAGCUAUCACAGAAACAACCAGAGAACCUGAGUCCUACACGUCGGCGGAGGAUUCACGGAGCCUGAGCACUGAGUCUGGUUUGGAGGGCUUUUACUGACGGGGGCCAGGCGGGUCCCG